AUGCGACACCGCCUGCUGGCGGCCGUGCUGCUGCUCUGCUCGCUCACCUUCUCGCUCGCUCUCUACCUGCGCUUCCGCUCGUACGACCUCGUCUCCGUCGGUCUCUGCCGCGUCGCACCGCUCUCCUCCUCCUGCUCCUCCGCCGCCAUGCCCGUCUCCCCAGCCGAGCUCGACACGCAUCGCGUACACACCGGCUUGCACGGAAGCAAGCGUGGGCGCAUUUCGCUCAGCAUCGGCUCGCUCAACAUCCGCUACUCGCGCAACGCCGCGUACGACUCGACGCAGUCGAUGCUUUCGUCCAUCGAGAACCUCAUCACCGCUGCGCGCAAGGGUGCAGGCCCCGCUUCGCAAAACGUCUUUUCGGAAGGCUCGCCGUAUCUCAUGCAACAGUACCACGGCGAACGCAGCUGGCUGCUUCGGGGGCCCAAGGUGGCCGACGUGGCGCUGUUCAACGACUGGGACCUGUUUGCUUUUCAGGAGGUGCUAGAUGGGCAGCUCGGCAACCUUGUGCACUGGCUCGGCGACGAGUACGAUCAUGCCGGAGUCGGACGUGAUGAUGGAGACCGUGCGGGAGAGGCCGUACCCGUGUUCUGGAGGCGCGACACAUUCGAGCGCGUCGGACAGGAUCAAGGCGGAGUGGGCAAGGAUGGCGUCGAGCACUUUUGGCUCUCGCCGACACCGAGCAAAGUGGGCAGUGUCGGGUGGGAUGCUGCAUUGACGCGCAUGUGCACGCACGUCAGUCUGCGGCUGCGCGCCACGCACGAGAUCAUCCACGUCUUUUCCACCCACUACGACCAUCAGGGAAUCGUCGCGCGCGCAAAGUCGUCGGAACUCAUCGUAGAGAGAGCUCGUCGUGCGUCGGCGUCCACACGUGCGUUCUAUCAGGCCAAUUCUCCCGCGCUGGCGUUGGAAGAGCCUCUAGUCGUGCUGAUUGGUGAUCUCAACAGCCCGCGCAAUGAGGGCAGCUGGUCGACACUGGUUUCGGCCCACUAUGGCAUCCCCGCCAACUCGUCCGGCGCUUCCUUCCUCGACACCGCGCUGUCGGUACCCACCCGCUUCGCUUCUCCGCUGCUUACGGAUAACGAGGAUCCCCACCGGGCUGUCCUUGCUUCGGGCCGUAAGCUUCCUCCUUCGCCGGGGGAUUCUGGCCGCGGAGGACUGCUCUCGGAGCCCGUCGGCCCGCUAAGAACGUUCACUGACUUCCAACCUUCGCCAAGGAACGCGAUCGACGAUCGAAUCGACUUUGUCAUGCUCCUCGACAACGCCGCUGUGGUCGACGAGACGCAUCCACACACCCGGCUCGACCACUCACCGUCGCCUCCACCCCCAGGCGCAAUUCGACGUUCCGAAGCUGGACAGAGUGACAAAGGCUCAAGAUGGGCAAUUCGAACGUUUGGUACGCUGCCAAACUGGAGCGAGGGCGAUGCGGGGUUCCUCAUCUCCGACCAUCGUCCCAUUACGGCGCGCAUCCAACGAUCCUUCCCCGCACCAGCAUAG